AUGAAAAACUUCACAGGUCAGAAAGACCAAAUAAAGUCCAAAGUAGUUGGCCUCAAGAAUGAUAAAAUAGUAGCUUUUAACCUGAAAAAUAAGGUUGAGAAGCUUAACUUGCGUCAUACAAAUCCUUUUAUGGCAAAGAAGGAGAUCAUCAAAUAAGUUCAAAGAAAAUCAAGAAAUUCAAAAUUACAAACCAGAUACUGCACAGAUAUCAUCUGAGUUAACUGAAAUCAUCAAUAAUGAUGCAGCUGCAUCUGCUUUUGAUACAAGCUUAUAUGAUAUUGGACAAAAAGAUUCCGAGGAUUACCUUGAAGAAUUUGAAGCUCAAGAAAUUUCACUACUCAAGAACCAGUCUGAACGGAAAUAAACUCAACUUAAGCUUUUCUAUCUCAAAACCCAAGAACGGACUUGGAUCAAUGGCAUCAUCUUUCAGAGGGAGUCAAUCUCCCAUGAAGUCUGUAAAAUCGAUUUCUCCAAAUCUCCGUAGAGGGAGGUUUCAAAAUCCUAUAAAAUAUGAUGAAGAGAGUUCAGAGAUUCAAUCAAGUGAAUUACUAAGCUCUGUGGGAGACCUUGGAUCUCCCACGAGCACUAUCAAUUCAUUAGUUAAGCAGAAAUCUCUUGCAAUCACCAUGACAAAAAGGGAAUCUUUAAAAUAACAUGAAUACCUUAAGAAUCGUCCAUGAGAACAAGAUUAAAGAGGAGAGAAAGAGAAUCUACCAAAUCUCAGAGAAUUUAGUCAACAAGAAGCAAGCCAAGCUGAAGAACCUCUGUAUGACCCAAAUGGACGGGUUUAUAGAGCAAUACCUGAAGUUACACACCAGUGCAAUGAAUAUGAUACAUAACGAGGAAAAGUCCUUUAGGAUGGUAAUUGAGCAAGAAAAUAUCCUGGUUCAGCGGAAAAUUGUUGAGGAUCUUAUAAAGACACUUGGCCAAAAGAUUGACGAGGUCGAUGACAAUGAAGAUAAAGAUAAAAUAAUAUCUGAUUUAGAAGACAAAGUUAGGAAAUUAGAGAAACAACUCUCUAUAACUAUUCAGGAUUUUGAGACGAUGAAAAUUUUCAACCUAGAUUUUACAAAUGAAAAAUAAUUUACUUGACAGAAUUCAAGAACUAGAAAAGCAAAAUCAGGAAAUAAAAGAAAAUGCUCAGAAUGAUAUUAAUGAGAUGAAAUCUCAAUUUGAUAAGCUUCAUUUCAGGCUCAAAAGCAGCAUCAGUCAGAGCCGAGCAAAAGAGAAAGAAUUAGAAGAUCUUGUGAAGGCAAAAGAUAAAAGAAUUGAGGAACUUCUCACCGAAAUUGAAUGGAUCAAAGCUAGCCAAAUUAACAAUCCUCACAAUACUAACAAUCACCAAAACCAGGAUACUAUCCAAUCUACCUCUAACAACCCUAACUUUGACGAUUUCCCGACCUAAAACACGUACUGCACAUACAAAAUCUCUGAACCAGGACUUGAUCUUGUCCACACCUAAAAAGCGCCUGUCUCAGUUUGACAAGUUGAAUAGCAUCCAUCUCAAGUUCAGAUCCAUAGGCAGCAACUUUUACUUAGAUGACUCAAAAGACAACCUUUGCUUACUAAACUCCCUGAACGAUGUGGUCAAGGGAGAGUCUAAACCAAUCAUCAACAAGAAAUUAUUCAAUAAGAGGAACAAACUUCUGAGCCAGUCCAAGUCUAAGGACAAGUGAGCCACCUUGACCAAGGUUUGAGAGAGGUUUAUGGGAAACCAUUCCUCCAAGAGGAUAUCUAGACAUCAAGAGGAUAGCUUAGCAGGGAGCGUAAGGGAGUCGGCAACCCAAGUCCCGAUCAAUUUGAUCGCAGUUUCGAGGAAGGCUAAGAGGGGAUCGGUGACGAAUAGGACUUUGUUCCCGGUGCAUAAACAGAAUACUAAUUUUAAUUCUUCCCCUGUGAAAUCUAAGCCUGGCACCCAGCAAUCUAAAAAGAGAAGGAUACUUUCGAAGUACAAAAGAGCUAAGUGAGCACUAACAGAGGCUUCACUUUUGUAGAGUAAUUUAAGACAAGAAACAAAACCAUUAUGCUCUUAAAGUACAAAAAUCUCUGAUAGAGUAAGUGUUGAGAUAAAUCUGUGCCCAACAGAUUAUCCACUUUCUAAUAAAGAGUAAAAAUCUCAACACAAAAUGCUAUCAGCAUUUACUG